AUGAAGACUAUUGGACUAAUCUGUACUGUUCUUGCUCUAGCUAGCGGUCAAGAAGAGCAGAGUCUCGCUCCUCGCUACCUGGACCAGUACUCUGUUGGAUUCAUGAAGGAAGACGGAAACCUGCGGGCAGCAGCGCCAGAGUGUAAAGAUAAUCUGGGAUGGAUUUAUCACGAGGGACACUGCUACAUGUUUACUAGCUACCACGUGGACUUCCUCGCGGCAGAGGAACUCUGUAAUCAAUAUGGCGCCUACCUGACAGACAUAUUGUCAGCAGCAGAGAACAACUUUAUCAAGGGAGUGCUGAAUGUUAUCAACCCUAAGGAUGGAACAGAUUAUUGGAUCGGAGGCCUAGAUACAAACAGGGAUAAGACCAUCCAAUGGAUGACUGGUGCUCCAAUGGACUUCAAGGACUUUGUUGCCAAUAAUCCAAGUGGGACUCCGUACCUUCAUAUGAACUUUGAUGCUGGGUUUAAAUGGGAUACUAAGGAUGAUGCUAAUGACAAGGACAACGGUUUCAUCUGUAAGAAAAAACAAGCAUAG